AUGUUUUCUCCUCCAGAUGGUCCAAAGCUUCCCUCUGUGUCAGUGAGUCCCUCUGCUGAGAUAGUGGAGGGCAGUUCAGUGAAUCUGACCUGUAGCAGUGAUGCUAACCCAGCAGCUAACUACACCUGGUACAAGGAGAACCAAACACUGCUUCAAGGACCAGGAGGAAAUUACUAUUUCACCUCCAUCAGCUCUAAGGACAGUGGGAACUACCACUGUAAGGCUGAGAAUCAACAUGGACUGAUUAACUCCUCAUCUCUAUCUAUAGAUGUCCAGUAUGGUCCAAAGCUUCCCUCUGUGUCAGUGAGUCCCUCUGCUGAGAUAGUGGAGGGCAGUUCAGUGAAUCUGACCUGUAGCAGUGAUGCUAACCCAGCAGCUAGAUACACCUGGUACAAGGAGAAUGAAGACUCACCAAAAGCAUCAGGACAGAUCUUCACCAUCACUGACUUCAGAGCUGAACACAGUGGGAAUUAUUACUGUGUAGCCCAGAACAGAAGAGGAAGUCAGAGCUCCACCUUACAUCUGUCUGUUGUAGCAGAAACAUGGAAAUCAGUCAUCAUUGGAACAACCCCUGCUGUUUUCCUGGUUACCGUGUGGCUCUGUGUCUUCCUACUCAUAAGAAAAAAGAGAACCUCCAAGCAAUUACAAGGGCCUGGAGAUGGAUCAGACAACAGGGAACAGUCAGAGGAGCAGGAUGAACUUCACUACGCCAGUAUUCACUUCUCCAAGAACCAGACAGACCCUGUAUACUCCAACAUCAGACCAGCUGGACUCCGCAAACACGAGGGGCAAGAAGAAGAAGAAGAAGAGGAAGACGACAAAGUGGAGUAUGCUGCUGUCAAAUUUAACAGUGCCAGUACUCCGCCGAGAACCAGAGGUCAGGAAACGGGGGAGGAUCCAGAUGUAUGCUACAGUACAGUCAACAAAACUGCUGAACUUAACAGGAAACUCUAGUAUUGCCUUUUUCUGAUUUCAAGCCAUGCUAGCAGCCUCCAAUUUGUUCCAGACUAAAAUGGCUCAACAACUACUCAAUGGAUUGCCAUACACUUUCGUUCUGACAUUCAUGAUUAUCAGAGGAUGACUCAUUCUGACUUUGGUUAUUCCCUGACUUUAAUAUAUAUACAAUUUCUUUUCUUUGUAGUGUGUAAAUAUACAUGUAGGAAAUUGUAAAGAACGUGUUAAAUAUGAUAUAAAUACUUUAUGAUGUAAACAUGUAGCUAUUCAUGGUGAUUAUUAUAUAGUAGUGGA